UAAAAUGAUUGCAUAGUGUUAGUGCAUCUAUUAUAAUUCCGUGUUGAUUAAGUUUUUUUAAUCCUUGAUUUUCAUUUCUUGAUCAAGUAUUUUAAGGGAAAAAAAUUUAAUUUAUAACAGACAAUAUAAAUGAAAUGUUAAAUUUUUACAAUGGCUAUUUACAAAAUUUAUUUUGGUUAUAAGAAAAAUUAUUAUAAUAUACAGUAACUUCACUAACUACACUAACUUCAAAAAAAAACGUUUAGAACAUUUAAGACAUAAUGUUUGAAAGGUAAAUGCAUACAAAUAUUACAUACAAACACUUCACUUGGGAUAGCUGAUUCAAGACGCUCCCGAGACUUUUGGAGGUGUCAAAGCUUAUGUACCCGAUAAAAAUGUUUGUAAUGUUAUUUAUGAUUUAUACUAUUUUGUUUAUGCAUAUUCUAAGAUAUUUAAGCCAGAAUUUUUUUUUCAAUAUAAACUGAACAUUUUUUUGUUUUUGCUCAAUAAAAAUUUCAGGGGGGAUUCAAAUACAGACUGCUUUAAACCGCAGUAUUACCUCAUUUCGCCUAACAAACAAAUUAUGUUUUUCGUGCUCUUCUCAUGAGUCCUCAUAUGGUCAGCGCUUGUACUUGUACUUCAACUUGCAGACAAUUUAACAAGCCUCAUCAUACAGUAUAACACAUUUGAUAGAUAUAACACAAUUGAUUUCAAAUCAAAUAUUUCAUCGACUAAUACUACAUCAGACUCUGAACAAUCUCCAUCUAAAAAAACAAACGUCCAGUAUGCCGUAGGGCUGUUACAUUUUAAACAUCAAAAAUAAAAAAUUUACAUUGGUCUUAUGGGACGUUUUAAAUUGUUUAUUUAUGUUUUAAACAGAUUUUUUUUAACAACCCUGGUUUGACGGUGCCGCACGUACAAAAUGCACCGUAGUGUUCGUUAUAACAACGACCGUUACGUAAUAAUUAUCAUUCGGUCCGCGUAUUAUUAGCAGCGGUUCUCAAUUUUAGGCAAUUACCAGCGAGUGCGUAAUGGACUCGCCCGUCGUCCGUGUCACACAGAAUUAUUAGACGACCCGCAAUUCGAUCAGCCGGCAUGUAUUGACAUGCUCACCGGUAGCGACGUGUUUCUUAUUUGAAUCGACUUAACAUAAAGGCCAUUCAUUCUGAAGGACUGCCAUCAGCAAUUAAUACCUAUCUCAACUAGGCAACAGUUCGGUUAUAGUGCGCUAAAUUUGUAUUGUUUUUUGCACAUCUUGUUGUGCCCUGGCACCCUCGAGCUUUCGUAUCUGUGCACACCUUUAGUGGUCGGCCCUGCCCGUCAGUGAAGUAUUUACUUCCUAAGCGACUACACUUGUAGCAUUAAUCCGUUUACGUCUUAGCCCUUUUUAACGCUAAGCAUACAUACAGUUAACUUAUCAUUGUCAUAAUUCACCAUUCAUCUAUUCUACGUUAUACGUCGAAGCUUUAAUUGUUUUAUUUAUUUUAUACCUUUUCUAUUUUGUCCAUAGCCGCUUAUAGGCCAUUUUAGUAAAAAAUAACAUCCUUUAUUUUAAGAUUAAUCACUGAAGAACUUUAAAUAUAAUAGUUUAAUUAUUGUUAUGUAAUCAUUGUCGACGCGUCAUUUAUUGGAUGUACGGUUAGCCGGCAACCACCCAAGUGACCCCACUUACCAGCUCCUUUAGCGAUCGAAAACAGGCUUAAGACGACAAUCUAGUGCGGUGCACAACUAGAUUUCCUACGGUCUAGCUGCCUUGUAUGAAACAGUGUCGUAUACAUUUUGUCAAAGACGAAAAAACACAUCUAAUGACCAGGCAAAUGAAACUAUACAGCUUAGAAAGAAGUAUGGUAGUGGAAAGAAAAUGGUUUUUAGAUCUAUUUACACUACUAUUCGGAAUUGGUGCUUGGAUAUUAGUCAAUAGUUUAUAUACGCAAUUGCCAUUAUUAAUUCAAACAACCCCUGAAGGAUGGACAUUGCCUUCAUACAUAUCAAUCUUAGUACAAAUUGGUAAUUUGGGACCCCUAACAUAUAGUAUUUGGCGCACAUAUUUUGGAAAUAAAUAUGACAGAUCACUAACGGUAUUUAUUCUUAUUGUGGGCUCAGUAUCAAUGUUUCUAAUGGCUGGUUUUUAUAAAACUACGCUAACUAUUUUUGGUGAACCACAUAGUGUUUUACUGUUUUUACUUACAUUUGGAAUCGCUAUUGUCGGUUGCACUAGUUCAGUUUUAUUUAUUCCCUCAUUAAGCCGAUUUCCGGGUAUAUACUUAAUUACUUACAUGAUUGGAGAAGGUUUAAGUGGUUUAUUACCUAGUUUUAUUGCGAUUGUUCAAGGAAUUAGUUUAACAUCAUGUACUACAAUUGUUGAAAACGGACAUAAUGUAACAACGCGCAGUACAACAAAUGCUAAUUUUUCUAGCAAAUUAUUUUUCGUGAUGAUAGGGUUUAUUAUGUGUGCAAGUAUGGUGUCAUAUAUAUGUCUCGAAUAUUUGCCAAUUUGUAAAAAGGAAAAAUUAAAAACAAUAACAGAAGCUGUUGAAAUUAAUGAACCAAUCGAAGAUAAAAAAAAAUCAAGAAUAUUUUUAUUAUUUUUACAAGGAACAACAGCUUUUUUUUCUAAUGGAUUAUUAAUAAGUUUUCAAUCAUUCUCAUGCUUACCAUAUGGAAUCUUUGCAUAUCAUUUAGCAACCAAUUUUUCAAAUAUAAUAAAUCCAGUUGCUUGUUUUAUAUCACUGUACACUAAUCGAACUUCCAAAAAUGUGUUAAAUAUAUUAUACAUUAUUUGCAAAAUUUCAACAAUAUGUUUGUUGAUAACUGCAUUUGCAAAUCCUACUCCACCUUUAUAUAAUACAACUACAGGAAUAGUUAUAAUUGUUUUCAUUUGGGUAUUAUACUUUGGAUGUGCCUCUUAUGUGAAAUUAUCCAUAGCAGCAAUAUUACGUAAUCAAGGCAAUAAAGGAUUAUUCUACUAUGGUUGCAUCACUCAGAUUGGAUCAGCUUCUGGAGCUUUAAUAGCAUUUUACAUUAUUAAUAUUGCUAAAAUGCUAAAUACAUUUGAUCCAUGUUUAAAUGUGUCAGAAGUAAAAGACAUAUAGCAUAGAUUAAACUUUAAUUUUUUUAAAGACUGUAUAGUAAAUAAAUUUUUGUAAAAAUCUUUAUAUAAAUUAUAAUAAUUAGAUAAUAAUAUACAUACAAUUAAUACUAAUCUAAAGAAGCAGCAGCUCUUUCAAAUAAAUUAUUUGAUAUUCUAGACAUAGAUAGCAAAAUUUGUGGUAUAUUUAAAUCAAAUUCACGAUUUUCAAUUGAAUGGUUAGCAUUAUUAGAUUCUGUAACAUUCUAAAAUAAAAAAAAUUUACAUGAAAUUAACAUCAUGUAAAUAAAUCAAAAUGGUGUUUUUAUUAACUUUUUUAUGAAGUUAUCAAUCUAAGGGGUCGGCCUGGCCAAGUGGAUAGAAACUUAUAUUUCGGCGCACACAGUCCCAGGUUUGAUUACCAGGGUGCAAACAAGAUUUUUUUGUGAUUUUCUCAUUGGUAGUGUUUAGUGCAAGCCGGUCAUUAUACCCAUCCUGUCCAUCAUUGGACUUAGCCAGGAACCAUCUUUGACUCCCUAACGUGUGAAAGAGGGCCACCA